AUGGGUGGCCUGGGGACUGAACACACCGCACCGACGGAGCUGGAGGAGAUCGUCAGCAGAAUCUCUGACCUGAACAAAUGGAGAGAAAUCUUUAGUUUCCGUGGCGAGGCCGGGGCAGAGCUGGCGAUGGACCACCCCGAGGUGGGGAGCCCCCGGGGCCGCAGCCCCCCUCGACCAUCCCCCAGCCCCUCCUGCUCCCUCCGGGCACGGGCGGCCGCCCCCUCUCCCCAGACACAGCGAUGGGUGCUGCUGCCGGUGCCACUGCCCAGCAGCUCGGAACUUCUGCGGGUGAUGACGGUGCAGGUCUUCCCUAAAAAAUGCCCUGUACCCCGACAGAGGUUAUUACACAUUGUGACCGAGCUUCACUGGAGCGGCCAAGGGCUGCAGAAGCUGCUGUUUGGGGACACAACCCUGCUGUUCAGCUGGGAGUGGGUAGCAGCACACUUCAGGUUCCGCCGGCCGCACUCCGACCUGGCCUACGCGCUGGAGGCAGGAAAGGGCGGAACAAGAGCUGUUCUGAUGGCUGUACAAGCACACAUCAUCACAUAUCUGCUCUUCACAAGAGACACAGAACAUACUCACCUGGAAAGGCUGUGCCGGAUCGGGCAGCGGGAGCAGGGACAGGCGCUGGCCGUGGCCCUGGCAGAGACCCUGUGGGCAGCAGGAGGAGGGGGCAGAGCCGUCGUCUGCCUCAUCACCACAGCUGGCACCGUGAUGCCACACACAGGCUACAGAGCAGACACCUUCACGGAGAGAAUCCGGCUGUUUGAGUUCUCGGAGAAAGCUGCAGCUCAGGAGUUCAUCUCCGACCACAUAAACUGUUUCAAAUGUGAAGGAAGCCAUGGAGUGAUCCUAUUUUUAUACAGUUUACUUUUCUCUAGGACACUUGAAAGGGUCCGAGAGGAUUUGGGUGACACAGCUCCUCUGCUGAACGUCAGUUCUGGAAAUGUCACCUGCACAGAGGCCGUGCUCAGCCUCCUCCUGACGGGACGGGCGAGCGCCCGGGAGCUCGGCGGCGGGGCCGGGGGGCAGCGGGGCCCCGUGGGCUUCCUGAGCUGGGAGCGGCAGGUGAGCCCCGCGCUGCGGACGCCCCUCCUGCCCGUGUGGCUGUGCGGCGGCCCCUCCAGGUGCGGCGGCCCCUCCAGGUGCGGCGGCCCCGGCAGGAUCGGCGUCCUCUUCGGCACCGACAGCCGCCUGCUCUGCCACUGGAGAGCCGAGCGCCAUUUCCACCUGUACUUCUACAGCGGGCAGCGGGAGCAGACCCGAACGGCCCGCCUGACGAUAGACACUCACUCGCGUCACUGGGAAGAGGCCCCAAGUGAGGAUGCCUGCAGCCCAGGGAAGAGGUGCCCGGCCCUGGAGAUGGCAAUCAGGACCAAGUGGGCAGGCGCGACUGUCAGCUGGAACGGGACAGGCCCCUUCUCCUGA